GUUUUGGCUGGUGGUAUAAGAUAAUAGCUAUAACGUUCCUGACUCUUGUUUUUGACGGUUAAUUAAAACCUUUAGUUUUUUGCACCUCUAGCAGGUUUCCGGCAAUGAAGUCACGGACAAAUGCUCCAAAAUAAUACAGUUAUGUUAUUCAAAUCAGUACUGAAACUAUAAUUAUUCUCUUAAUCUAUCGAUAAACGAAGUCUGAGCGAGUAAUUAACAAAACAACAACCGCAUUUCACUGAAAAAUAUGGAGUGAAAACUAUAAGUGAAAAGUGAAACACCGACGUGAAAUUUUCCCAUAAUCUUCUUCUUUAUAAUGAAAAGAAUCAUUUGCAUCUGUGAACAAAUCGAGUUUGUAGCAAGUCUGAAUGUUUAGUUACCAACCAAUUUGUAUAUCAGGGCGAAAUUUUCUUUUCUUUUUUUGAAAUAUUGAGCGAAUUAAAUGAAUGGCUGAGCAAGUAUCGAAGGAAAGAGGAAGGGUAGAUAGUAAGGAACCAAAUGGAGUCGGAAAUGAGAAGACUGAGCCUGACAAUAUUCACGGUGAAGCUAAUCAAGUAGACACUAUUCCAGAUUGUCCUGUGUGUUUACAGACAUGUACUUUGCCAGUCAAACUCCUGUGUGGACAUAUAUUCUGCUUUCUGUGCAUCAAGGGCGUAGCAUUUCGUAGCCGGCGGUGUGCUCUGUGCAGGCAAGAUGUAGACUUGAAAUAUUUUGAUAAUCCUAAAGUUGUUCAGUUUGAAACAAAAGAUGAGGGAUGUAAAGAGUCUGCUGAGGACACAGAGAGGUAUCAGUGGUACUAUGAGGGACGCAAUGGGUGGUGGCAGUACGAGGAAUCCUGCUCUGCUGAACUGGAGAAAGCCCAUAGGGAUGGUAAAAGGUCAUGUGAAUUACCAAUUGCUGGCUUCCUGUAUUUUGUUGAUUUUGAGAACAUGGUGCAAUUUCGUAAAACGGAGCCAGGCCGACAACGAAGAAUCAAAAGGGAUGUUUUUGAUGCAGAGAAGAAAGGUGUUGCCGGAUUGCGGCUCAGCCACCCAAGGUCAGAUGCUACGCACAGGGUCUCGGCUAGUUCCACCAACAACAGAUCUACGGAAUCUGCAGUUUUUGCAAACUUGAGGGGCAUUCAGAGACUAGUGAUAGGGUCCUCCGAUGACAAUGAGGAUAACAAUGGUGGUAGCAAUGGUCAUGUUCAGCAAGACUCCAAUAGCAACAGCAGUUGAAGAUAACAUCAUAGUUGUAUGGAAAUUCAAUUUUUUGAUAUUGUUGUACAUAUUGUGGUACAUAAAGUGAAAAACACUUGGUGGAGGGGUUUAGAUUAGAUUUACAAAUCUCAGUACAUACAUUAUGAUAGUUGUAAUUCAGAUAACUAGCAGUAAUAGCAGUGAAUUAGUCCUUUGUGAAGGAACAAUCUUUGUGCUGUUCUAGGGCAAUCAAUUUAACUAAUUAUAAAAUUUAACUAGUAAAUUUAACUGAACAAGACAAAACGUAAACAUUAGCAUUACAACUUUUUCAAUGCGGAAAACUUUACGAGUAAAGUUGGUCUAUUUUUGGGCAGUAAUAGAUUGGCAACUAACCUGGGCAGCACCUUCAUGUACGCAAAACGCGCCCAUUUUUAUCAUCAUUUUUACCACAACGUACACGUGAAUCGUGCAUGUCUGCAAUUAAUUCCGCAGAUGGUUUAUGCGGCAAAGUCGAUUUCGUUUUCAUUUACUUUGUGAGAAAAGAGUUGCGAUAGAUAGAAAAAUAAACUAACAUUUUAUUUGGGCUAAA